GUAGAAGAAUCUUUGAUGCAGUUGUGUGGCACUGUGAUACAUAUGCCACCUGCUGACAGACGUUUGUAGUGCAGCCUAGUGCAGACAAGUCAAUCUGAAGCAACAUCAACCCAUUGGCUGCAUUCUAUCACGUGUGUGGAUCUGAAAAUGGCGUCUCCAAAUGGAGGUGAUGAUUUUGAGUCCUCUCUGCUGAGUUUUGAGAAGCUGGAUAGAGCAUCUCCUGACCUAUGGCCAGAGCAACUGCCAGGAGUUGCAGAAUUUGCUGCAUCUUGCAAAAAUCCAAUUACCAAUUCUCCACCCAAAUGGAUGGCUGAACUGGAGAGUGAGGACAUUGAAAUGUUAAAAGAGCUGGGGAGUCUGACCACAGCAAACCUGAUGGAGAAGGUCAAAGGGCUACAGAACCUGGCCUACCAGCUGGGCCUUGAGGAGUCCAGGGAGAUGACCAGGGGGAAGUUCCUGAACAUCCUGGAGAGACCCAAGAAGUGAAGACCCCAGGACUGCUCUUUACACAGUAUGUCUGCAAAGAGAGUAAUACAACACCCAGACGACUGAUUUAAGACUCAGAAUCAGACUUAUGCCUUCAUGUAUACACUCAUACUACAACCAUCAUCAAGUUCCUGGACUUUUCAUUUAAAUAGAGACAGUUGGGCUAAAUUCACUCACUGCAGAGUUCUCCUCUAACAGACCCUACACACUCUAUGCAAAUGGGGAGUGUCGUAUAUGAUCCGUUCCAGAAUUUGAUCCGCACAAAGUACGUAGAGCAUUAUGUAUUUGGAGCAUUAUUUUCACCCCCUGUUGCAUAAUUAGGUGAGACAAUGCCUCAGACUGUUCCUAGCUGGAGAUGUCGCAGGGGCUCUGGCCGCGCUGGGGAGCACUUACUCUCACAAGUUACAAAUCUCCACAGGCCACUAAUAAGCCCCUAAUUGUCUUUCCAAUUGACACGGACAGAGCCAUCCACUGUCCAAGGGGCUGCACCCCCUGCCUCGUUUGCGUAAAGUGUGUAACGUCCUUAAGAGUCCAAUGACUGCAACACUUUUCACCUCCUGUGGUCCUUAAAGAAGGUUCCAUUUACUUUUAUAAUGAUUUGAAAUGGUGAGUCACUUUCAAUUUCCUUUUUAGCUAGCUCGUAGGACUGUUUUGUAAAUGAGUGUAUAUUCUGUAUUUAUUCAUAUUUUUUAUUUGUAUUUGGAGCAUUAUUUACAUUUUGGUAAUUUGUAGAAGAAAAUUAUGUAAUAAAGUCUUAAAAUUUUAAAUAUUUUUCCUCCAUCAUUUUAGAGCUGGGCGAUAAGGCCAAAAUAUCAUAUCGAAGUAUAAAAUAAAAU